AUGGCCAAAUCCAAGAACCACACCACACACAACCAAUCUCGAAAAUGGCACAGAAAUGGUAUCAAGAAACCCAGGUCACAAAGAUAUGAAUCUCUCAAGGGGGUGGACCCCAAGUUCCUGAGGAACAUGUGCUUCGCCAAGAAGCACAAGAAAGGCCUGAAGAAGAUGCAGGCCAACAACGCAAAGGCAGUGAGUGUCCGUGCAGAGGCCAUCAAGGCCCUUGUGAAGCCCGAGGUGGUUAAACCCAAGAUGCCGAAGGGCCCCAGCCGCAAGCUCAGCCAUCUUGCUUUCAUCGCUCACCCCAAGCUCGGGAAGCGGAUUAGAAGCUCCAUGGCCAAGGGCCAUGGGCUCUGCCAACCAAAGCCCAAGGCUCAGCUCCAGCUCAGGCUCCCAAAGGUGCCCAGGCCCCUGUGAAGGCCCCAUAGAAAAAGUUUGUCUGCCAGACAGAUGGACUGU